AUGUCACCCUCACAGUACACCCGCAUUGUCCUAGCAGAGCGUCCGAAGGCAGAAAUUACUCCCACCACAUUCCGUCGCGAGACCGUCCCAUUCGACCUCAAACCCGGCAAUGGCCAAGUGCUCAUCCAGAUCCACUAUCUAUCCCUCGACCCCGCCAUGCGGGGCUGGUUAAAUGAUAGAAGGAGUUACGUACCUCCAGUACAAAUUGGAGAGACUAUGAGGGCCAGCGGUCUCGGUGUUGUAGUGGAUGUUGGCGAGGGCAGCACUCUAGCUCGAGGCGAUCUCGUCAGCGGAACCUUGGGGUGGAGGGACUAUGUUGUUCUUGAUGAGAAGCAUGUCCAGAAACUUGUGGUCCCAGAGGGAGCGGAGCCCCUUGACUUCCUAGGGGCUUUGGGCUGGACUGGCUUCACAGCGUUUGUGGGAUUGCUUGAGGUCGGAAAGCUUCAGCCGGGUGAUAAACUUGUCGUAUCAGGAGCGGCAGGCGCAACAGGGUCGAUAGCAUGUCAAAUUGGCAAGCGUCAGGGCGCACAAGUAUAUGCUAUCGCAGGUUCCAAUGAAAAAUGCGAUUGGCUGGAGAAGGAAGCGGGCGUUGACAAGGCUUUCAACUACAAGAGUCCGACGUUCUUUAGUGACUUCAAGACAUCAGUGGGAUAUUUUGACGUCUUCUUUGACAACGUCGGCGGAGAGAUUCUAGAUUUCUUACUGACACGGAUGAACAAAAACGCCCGCAUUGUGCUAUGCGGCGCUAUUUCGGAUUAUAAUUCCUCUCAGCCCAGAGGUCUUACCGGCUAUCUCAAUCUCAUAUCACAACGAGCCAAAAUUGAGGGUUUCAUUGUGUUCGAUUAUGUGGACCGCUUCCCUGCAGGUGUAGAAUAUCUGGCUGCAAUGCUGAAGGAUGGGAGCUUGAAGCGGAAGUUUCACGUCGUCAAGGGCUUGGAAGAGGCCCCACAGGCGCUGACUAUGCUUUUCAAUGGGGGCAAUACUGGUAAACUAGUGGUCAAAGUGAAUGGUGUCAGGGAAGCUCGGCUGUAA